GCUGUGUACUCUGACUUUUGGUGGUAAAAAAGUAUGUAAGUUCAGUGGCUUUUGGAAUAGGAUUUAAGUUCAGCCUCCCUUUCUAUUGAAGUUUACUUAAGAAACCACAAAUGAAACAACUACUUUGUUAUCAGUCUCAGAAAAAGAAAAAAAACCAAAAACCCACAAACGCCAAAAGCAUACAAAUGUCUAAAUUAACUGCUGAAAUCUGGAUGUCUGAAGUGUUGCUAGGCUGUUGCUAUGACACUAUGGGAACCAUUGGAAAGACUUCUAAAUGUAUUUUUAACGUAAGUACCUAAUAGCUACUUUGUCAACUGGCAGAAUCCUUGGUAUUGCUAAUCUUACGGUUUUAAUACAAGUGGUAUGAGUUUUGUGGGCUGUUUCUAUUUGUUACAUGACCACCACUGUCUUCAGUUUUUGCUUCAACUUGAAGGACCGUAAUUCAAGUGUGCACCUGCUGGUCCACCAAAUGCACUGUAAGGAUAAACACACUGUACUUCUGUUUUGGAGACGUGACUAGAGUAAGCAUGAUGGGAAAUCUGUCUGCAGCUGGCACAUGUGAUGCAUGUAUUUACAUUCUUACAGCAGAAUACUUUUCAUUGACUAGCAGAGACAAGUUCCAUCAUAGCUACAAGGGGGGCAAUAUUGGCUUUAGACAUCACGUUCCUUCACACUCCCACGUCAUAGGGAUUAUACUGUCUGAUGGAAGUGCUAGAGACACAGGUUUCACAUUCCAAGAACUGACCUGCAUUAUACCCAGAAACUUUCCAAAAAACAAUGGCCAGACUGUUGCAAGCUCCACCCAAGUUUCAUCCCUCAGAAUGGGACCUUGCAAACAAGAUGCAGUGUGCCAGUACAGAGUCUCAGAAAUCCAGGUCAGAGCGCAUGACAGCUGAGAGUCAGAGGUUGCUGGACGAAAUAGAAACGACAACUAAGAGAACUCGAAGUGAUGUCAACAAGAAAAUAGAACAGAGACAGGAAGAAAUAAAAUUCUGGAAGCAAGAAUUAGAUAACAAACUCGAACAAAUUUUUGAUGAGACAGAGGUGCUCUUGACUUUCAAGACUAGGCUGGAGAAAUCUUUGGAGAGCUGCAAAGAACCACUCAUCAUUGCCCAAAAGUGUCUCCUGAACAGGCAGGGGCGUGUUGGAAUUGACUUGGUGCAUGAUGAAGUGGAACAAGAACUGGUGAAGGAAGUUGAAGUCCUCCAGGGGGUUAUUGCUUUGCUUGGACGUACAUUGGAACAAACCAAUGAACAAAUCAGACUAAACCGUUCAGCAAAAUACAACCUGGAAAUGGAUCUAAAGGACAAAUUCACAGCUUUGACAAUUGAUGAUUACUGUGCUAGCUUGACAAACAACACUCCUGAUAUCAGAUACGCUGACAAUGCGGUGAAAAUCGAAGGAAAUUUCAUCAGCCCUGAAGACUGGAUAGAUUUCUCAAACAUAAAUGUUGAAAAAGCUGACAAGCAGAGAAAUAAUUCUUUGGCUCUGAGGGCACUGAUUGGUGGCAUCCUCUCACAGACAGCAAAUGAUAUGCGCAAGCAAUAUGAGACAGUGAAUGCUGCGUUUAGAAACAGGGUGAAGGAAGUCAAGGAUGCCAAACACAAGCUGGAGACACUCCUUGCAAUGGUGAUGGAUGAGACUGCCUCACAGGAAAAGAACAUUGCAGCCUUAAAGAAAGCAAUUGCUGAUAAAGAAGGACCUGCUAAAGUGGCUGAAACUCGCCUGGAAGCAAGAAACCAUCGCCCCAAUGUGGAAUUGUGUUACGACACAGUGCAAUACAGGCUGAUUAGUGAAGUUCAAGAGAUUGCAAAAAAUAUACAAAGACUAAAAGACACACUGGCACAGGCUGAAACAGAGCUGAAAGGUCUGAGACGCCGACAGCUCUCCUUGGAGGAAGAGAUCCAGGUCAAGGAGAAUUCAUUGUACAUUGAUGAAGUGCUCUGCAUGCAAAUGAGAGAGUCUGUUUACAUUCACAGCUUCUGAAGCCAUCAUACUGGGAGACAGGGUGUGCUCCAAAGAGUCAUCUCCUCCUGAAAUUUUGUAGAAAAACCUCCAGUUUUAUUAGUUUGGCUCAAUGCUGUCCUGGUUCUAGUUGUGCAAGGUAAUUAAAACAGACCUCAUACUUACAGAUACCUGUUUCAUAGCUAUCUAUCCUCUAGAACACAUGAUAAACUCUCCCAAUUUGCAAUAUAAUUCCAGAAUAAGAAUAUAUAUUCCUUCUUCCAUGUUAUUUAUCAUGUGUGCAACUAAUGAUAUCUUUUGCCAUUGACAGGACUAGAAGCUGUGGAUGCUUGAGCAGGAGUCUCCUUAUAAGUUGCUUGUUGAAAAGCUGGGCAAGUGGGAGGGGCGACUCUCAGAACUAGCUAUGGUACAUUUUGUUCCUGUUAAGAAUGAGGCAUGGCAUGUCUAUUAAACUAAACAAAAGGUAGGGACUGGUGGUACACUGGAUAGUGUAUCAUAUUUGAGUGACCAUAUCUGAGUCAAGAUCAAUCCAAGGCUGACUUUAGGCUAAUCACUUCUUCACUCUGUGUCUCAGUUCCCUAUUAUUUGUAAAAUGGAAACAAGAUAGGCUUCAUUGGAAAGGUCUCUGAAGUGCUACAACUGAGAAAAGCUGAAGAAGAAAAAAAAAACAACAUAAAGGGGUGUCUUGU